GGAUGGAUUUUGGAAACUCCUUUUACAGAGGGUUAGAAGGGGAGGAUUUGCACACAGCAAACUCAAACCAAGACAAAUGUUUGUCUCUGCUCGUUAUUGGACUGACAGCAAUGUUUUUUUUUUUACAGGGUAUUGGCUGAGCAGAAUUUGAAAGUGGGAAACUCAAACCAAGCAUCAGAUCAAAACCUGACAGAGUCACUCGAUUCAUCAGAACCUAAUGAGAUUAGAAGCGGAGGAAUUGCAGUCAGGAAACUGAAACCAAACCUCACAUCAGGAUCUGACGGAGUCACCCAAUUUAUCGUAACCUGAACAUGGAAGGAAAAAGCACCAUUCACAGUGGGGAGAAACCGUACACGUGUUCUGUGUGUGGACGAGGCUUCAGCCGAUUGUCUGGCCUGUCAGAACACAAAUACAGCCACAGCAGGGAGAAGCCAUGGAAAUGCGGGGACUGUGGGAAAGGAUUUAAUUUUCCAUCAAAGCUGGAAAUACAUCAGCGCAGUCACACUGGGGAGAGGCCAUUCACCUGCCCUGUGUGUGGGAAGGGAUUCACUCGUUCAUCCACCCUGCAGACACACCAGCGAGUUCACACUGGAGAGAGACCAUUCAUCUGUUCAGAGUGUGGGAAGAGAUUCACUCAGUUAUCUCAUGUCAUGGCACACCAGCGGGUUCACAAUGAUGAGAGACCUUUUCAAUGUCCAGAAUGUGGGAAGUGUUUUAAAAGUUCUGCCGAAGUGAUGUACCAUCAACGUGUUCACACUGAUGAGAGACCUUUUCAAUGCCCAGACUGUGGCAAGUGUUUUAAAAGUUCCUGGGAACGAAUAUGCCAUCAACGUGUUCACACUGACGAGAGACCUUUCAGGUGCUCUCACUGUGGGGCUGAGUUCAGGCAAUCAUCUCAACUCACUAUGCACCAGCGAGCUCACACUGGAGAGAGGCCGUUCAGCUGUUCCGAGUGUGGGAAAGGAUUUGCUCGGUCAUCCGACCUGCUGAGACACCAGCAAGUUCACUCUGAGGAGAGAUUGUUCACCUGCUCCAAGUGUGGGAAGCGAUUCCCUCAGUUAUCUGACCUGCUGACACACCAGAUCUAG